CUGUUAAUCGCUCUCCAUCGGACAUAACCCCCUCCUCGAUUUUCAUUCCAUCGAUGCUGGCUCUGCGUGCCGCAACUGCACUCGCCCGCACGUUCACUCCGAGCACAGCCUCGGCACUCGCCAGCGGACGCCAAGCCGCCUGGCUUCGUCGAGGAAUCGCCUCGUUGGGCGGCUCUGGUCCCAAAAUUGCCUUCUUUGACUUCAAGAACCACGAGCGACCGUAUUUCGAAGACCCAGUCAGGGCUCUCAAAGCCUCCCGCCAGGUGCGGGUCCAGUUCUACCCGGUCCGCCUCGAAGCCUCGACAGUGGCAUUGGCCCGCGACUGCAAGGUGGUCUGUGUGUUUGUCAACGACAAGGUCAACGAAGAGGUGCUUCAGCAGUUGCACGCCCAGGGCUGCCGUAUGAUCGCCCUUCGCUGCGCCGGAUUCAACAAUGUCGAUGUCAAGGCCGCUGCCGGGCUUGGAAUUGCCGUCGCACGCGUGCCCUCCUACAGCCCGUAUGCCGUCGCCGAGCACGCCGCCGCCCUGCUGAUGGCGGUCAAUCGCAAGCUCCCGCAGGCCUACAACCGCUUCAAGCUGGCCAACUUUUCGCUCGACCACCUUGUGGGCUUUGAUUUGCACGGCAAGACCGUCGGCGUCGUCGGCACGGGCAAGAUCGGCGAGUGCUUCAGCCGGAUCAUGCUCGGGUUCGGGUGCCAGGUGCUGCUGUACGAUGUCCGCAAGAACCCGGCGCUCGAAUCGCUUCCAGGCUGCCGAUAUGUCGAGCUCGACGAGCUCUUUGCCAACAGCAGGGUCAUUUCGCUCAAUGUACCGCUGUUCCCGUCGACAAAGUAUUUGAUCAACAAAGACAGCCUCAGCAAGAUGCAGCGAGGCGUUGUCAUCAUCAACACCUCCAGAGGAGCUCUCAUCAACACGGCCCAUCUGAUCGAGGCCCUGAAGACCGGCCAGGUGGGCGGGGCCGGCCUGGACGUGUACGAGGAAGAAGAGGACUACUUUUUCCAGGAUCGCUCCGGCGAGAUCAUGAUGGACGAUAUCCUGGCCCGCUUGAUGUCGUUCCCGAACGUCAUCAUCACGGGGCACCAGGCAUUCCUGACAGCCGAGGCUCUGAGCGCCAUCGCCGAGACGACACUCGACAACAUUUCGCAGUUUCUGGAUGGCAAGAAGCCCCUCGCGAACGCGGUCUGAGAACUGGAGGCGUGGUGUGUGGGGCGAAGGUCAUGGGUGGUGCGAAUGUGGUGUAGGUUGUGUGCAAAUCGUGGUAGACAUGCAAUUCGAGAGUCUGUCAGACUCAAGCA